UGAGAGGUUUCUUUCCAAACUUGUUCCCUGGCUUCCAAGUGACGAAACCAGCUGUAAUUUGAGAGCGGAGAGAUCCUCAGGAUAUCAUUAGCCAAAGGAAAAGCUCCACAUUCCCACCCAGUCCAGAAGUUGAAAUCGUAUCAGAGGGCAAGAGCCUCUCUCUCCAGCUACAGGCUCCAUCUCUCAGAAGCAAGGGGGAACUCCGACAGUGAGUGGGGCAACCGAACCCUGGAGGAGGGGUUCCCUCUCCUGCCGGUGAUCCAGCCGCCGUCGCCGCCGCCGCCGCCGCCGCCGCCGCCGCCGCCGCGACCAAAGAGCAGGCUGAGUUCCAGCCCCGAGCGCAGGAGCCAGAGCCUGGGUGCAUCCUGCGCUGUGUGGCCGUGCUACCCAGGCGCCGGUGACACAGCCACAUGAAGCCUGCUGGGGAGGGGGGGCCAGGGUGCAGCAAGCCGGCAGGGACUGAAGCUGUCGCCGUCUUGGGGAGGCACUGACUCCCGGGGGGACCCCCUUCUUCGUGCCUGGGCGAACGGUCUUCUCCAGGGGUCCCCGGUCAUCCUGAUUCUCCAGGAUGGUGUUCCUGAAGUUCCUCUGGAUAGGUUUCUUCUGCCGCCUGUGUCAGGGCUACUUUGAUGGCCCUCUCUACCCGGAGAUGUCCAAUGGGACUCUGCAUCACUACUUCGUGCCCGACGGGGACUAUGAAGAGAAUGAUGACCCUGAGAAGUGCCAGUUGCUGUUCAGGGUGAGUGACCACCGGCGCUGCUCCCAGGGGGAGGGGAGCCAGGCCAGCAGUCUGCUGAGCCUCACCCUCCGGGAAGAGUUCACCGUGCUGGGCCGCCAAGUGGAGGAUGCUGGGCGUGUCCUGGAGGGCAUCAGUAAGAGCAUCUCCUACGACCUGGACGGGGAAGAGAGCUAUGGCAAGUACCUGCGGCGGGAGUCCCACCAGAUCGGGGAUGCCUACUCCAACUCGGACAAGUCUCUCACUGAGCUGGAAAGCAAGUUUAAGCAGGGCCAGGAACAGGACAGCAGGCAAGAGAGCAGGCUCAACGAGGACUUCUUGGGGAUGCUGGUCCACACCAGGUCCCUGUUGAAGGAAACGCUUGACAUCUCCGUGGGGCUCAGGGACAAAUACGAGCUGCUCGCCCUCACCAUCAGGAGCCAUGGGACCAGGCUAGGUCGGCUGAAAAAUGAUUAUCUUAAAGUGUAGGGGAAAGGGCACACUGGCAGGGAGAGGGCAUCAAGUCAGCCUGGUUGUGGAGGGUGGGGGCAAAAGACAGGGUUAACAUUUCCCUUAUACUUCUUAUUUUUUGUAUCUGGAUUUGCACUUGGAGAAUGAUCUGAAGUGAACUUUAAAGGAAAUAAGUGAGAAUCGAGUUGUUUCGUUUCUGUACAUUAUUUAUGGGAUUGCUAUUGAUUUGUUACUUGGAAAGAACAACUUAUGGCCAUGCCUCCUGCCUUCCCUAGAGGACUUUAUAACUCUGCAGAGACACCUGUUUCAGCCACGUCUAGAAGGACACAGUUUAUGCAGUAGGGAGCGAUCACAUUUCCCCACCCUGGAGAUUAUGGGAAAAUACUCUGAGAGGAUAGUGCAGAGUUCCCUUUCACCUUCAGCCUUGGCUCUUGGGCUCUGAAAGUUGUCAGUUGUCUGUUUUUCAGAUGAGGUCCCAGGUGCCGCUCAGCCUGCCUGCCAGCCAGCAGAUGGAAGUCGCCAGUUUCUUCUUCUCCUUUUCUCUCUUAUUUAUUAACCAUGGUCUCCAAGGUUUUGUUUUUAGUUUUGGGGGUUUUUUGUUUGUUUUUCAGGUUUUGUUGUUUUUUGUGUGUUUUUUUUUUUUUUUUUGUAAGAGUAUUGCCUAGAAACUACAUGCAAAUCGUCCUUUGCAGGGAGAUGUCCAAGGUGCCUCUGUGAGUGUAAGUUGAAGUGGCCACAUUUAAGAAGUCCAAGCUUUGUGGGGGGUACACACUCAUGUUGCUAAGCUGAUUUGUUGUGUCUCUCAUUGUAUGCCCGUGUCCUCAGAGCUGCAGUCCAUCACAAAAAAAUAGAUAGAUUGAACACAACCCUGAAUGCCGAUGAUGUAGGUUACCAAUGUAUUCGUUCUGGGUUUGGGGGUUUUGCUUCUGUUUGCGUAUUGGAAACUUGUACUUCAAGUAGGGGGGAUUCUAAUUUUAAUAACUCCUUCACUAAGUUUUAUUAUUCAGCCAAUAAAUAUGUUCUCAUAUAA